AAAGAUAUUGGUAAUAAAAACAAGGUAUAUAGAAUUGAAAAAGGCAUAGAUCAACUUAAAGAAGAAUUCUUUAAAAACAAUAUUUUAACUUUAAAUUUACCACUACCUAGACAUCUUAAUCCUCCUCUUCUUCUAAUGAUACCAUUAAAUCAUUAUAUACUCAAUGAACUUUAUAUAAUGUUAAGAAUUUGGGAUCAGCUUUGGGAGUUACAGAAUCAUAGUAUGCAGAGUUGGUUCUACACACCUCUUAUAGGAGGUGAUAAAGAAAAAGAUAGUGGUAAUAGUAUGAACAAAAAGUCUGCAAUUUUUGAAAUUCUUAGUUAUGAAAAUCAUUUAUUAUAUUUUAACCAAAAAUCAGAUUCUAAUCGAGCUUAUAAACCUCAAUAUCUUCAUUUUAAGGAAAAUAUUGAAUUUUAA